AAACGCAUCAGACGUCCUCCCCGACUCGCCCACCUCUUGUAUCUCAGUCGCGUCUUUGCUUCCGCGCAACCCGAUAAAUAUCGCGAUGAAGACGUCGACUACAGACCGCAUACUAUCGGCGCUCUCUGCCAUCAGCUGUUUCACUAUGCGCUUCGACGAGAACGAGUCCUCCGCACGCACCAUCGUGGCGCCCAGCGAGAAGAACGAGAAGUUCACGGCGUCCACGGACACCGUCGACGUCGCUAUCAAGCAUGAGGAGCGCGUAUACCAGAAGUGGAAGGGCUCCAACUACGUCCUACCCGCGGACGAGGAGGAGAGGCGAAGGCUCGACCUUCAGCACCUCGUCAUUCGCCGUUCGUUCGGCAAUAAAUUCAUCUACCCCUGCGUGAAGAUCUCACCAGGGGAUCGCGUACUGGAGAGCGGUGCGGGUUCUGGCGCAUGGAUCAUGGAGGCCGCGAAGGUGCUUGGCUCGGAAGUUCAGAUCGACGGGUUCGACAUCGAGGGCCGUAACUUCCCCCGCCAUCCUCCAUCAAACGUCAGCUUCUGCCUCGCCUCCGUCACCGAGCUGCCCUCCGCGUGGACCAACCGCUAUAAGUUCGUCCACCAAUCGCUCUUGACCGCCGCGCUCCAGAAGCCGCAAUGGGAAAUCGCGCUGUCCGAGAUCCACCGCGUACUGCAGCCCGGCGGCUGGGUGCAGCUCAUCGAGACCGGCGGCACCUGGAACGUCGUCGGCCCCUACACGCGCAAGUUCCUCACCAUGUACGAGCGCUUGACGGACAAGAAGAACCUCUUCUUCGACACCGUCGCCGCGUUGCCGGACCUGCUCGCGGACGCGGGCUUCACGGACAUCCACGUCGUCGAGCGCGACUACGGCUGCGACAUGUCCUCCGGCACGCAGGAGGCCGCCGACGCACGGGAGGGCUUCAUCGGCAUGCUGCGCGGGCUGAAGACGCCCGUGCUCAAGCUCGGCGGCCUCGGCCUCGUGUACACGUCGGAGGAGUUCGACGCGGACAUCGCGGGCGUCGAGCACGAGCUCAGCACGACGCCCAACUCGUGCCACCACAUCGCCAUGAUCCUCGCGCAGAAGCGUCAGUAGACGGCCGGUAGACAGCAUUACGCACCGUUAUCCGUUAUACAGCAUCGCAUCGUUCGGCAUCAUGGAUUCCCCCCUCUUCGACCUUCUUCACCACCUGUUUGUAUUACUAUCUUUAUCAGCUUGAGACACCUCCCUUUUUUCGCGCCUUCCGCGCGACCGUCACGACCCACACGCACCGUACUUUAUCCCUCUUUCUCUUGUUCAUACACUACAUGUGCUGCCAUCUUUACCCUCGUUACUGCAUGGGACUGGGAUAUGUUCCAUAGUCGAGCGUGCUAGCGCCUCGAAUACCAAUGUAACAGAAACGUUCGAAGCAUAUAGUCCUGCGUGAAACCCAUC